AUGGCUCGCGUGCGGACUGAGCCAGUUGCACGCUGGCUUCGAACUACCGGCAAUGAAGAUCGGCUAAGCGCACUGCCGCUGGGUCCCGGUCUGGGGGUUCCCCGUCUUGUGCUUGAGAUGCUGAUUAUGGAUGUGUGCCCGGAUAACAGCCUUACAAUAUCAAUCUUCAGAGGUGAAUAUAUCCUGUCGACUCUCGACUACUGUCCCAUGUCCAAUAUGAACAAAGCUCUCUCGUCAUCUCUAUCGGAUCGACGUCCGACGAAGACAUCCGGUGCCGGUCACCUGCUUUUCCGCCAUCGGAUGCGGACGCUUAUGUCAGCUCGAUCGGAACAGCAUGUGUUUGCCGUCAAAUACUUCCCAGGGCUUUGGGAAAAGACAACAAUGUGCAUGAUCGAAUGA